AUGCGUGGUGUACAAGGUGUCCUUUAUCGCAGUUGCCCAUGUGCAACCAGCGCAGUGAACGACACCAUGCAAUCGAUACGAAUGGAGAGCUUCACCAAAAUACCUGCAACCUUGGCAGUGUCUGCUCAAUACUCUAUCCAGUGGUCAACCCUGAUGACUGAUCGGCGUGCAUAUUUCAUCGCCAAUAGCCACACAAAAAUUGUGCUGUCUAAUUGUGCCUAUCUUUCAGUUUCUAGUGGCUCCGCAAUGGCGAGUGCGUGCAAAACGGCUUGCAAGCAUGUGCCGCUCGAGGAACCGAAAGCCAACAGUUGGAAUUUCCAUGGAACUUUGGCGGACACUGGCCGUACGCUGUUACCUUCACCAUAUCUUUACUCUUCACGAUUGUCUCCAAGGAAACAACCAAGACUGCAGCUGUGGGUUGCAGAAAGCUGGGAGCCUGCAGUGGUGGUGGGCAUCAGAAGGGCCACUGCUUCCGUCCAUCGCCUUGCAAAAGCGUCAUCAACUAAGUUGCCAGGGAGAGCCCGGCCUUGCGGCCUCAUUGGCUACGCGACUGCCACACGACAGCAGUGGGCCUUGUCUCCCAGUUCGGGGAAGCGUUAUCAUCUGGAUUGGCGGUGA